AAUUUUUAUGGACGCUUCUCUGAAUAUCAAAUUGAAUGGAAGCUUAUUUAUUUUUUUUUCUGCGAACCAAUACAUGACCCGGAAUAACUCAUUGUUUACGACGACGAUGGCAAAUAUUUCACUGGGAGAGUUGCUGUAUUUUUGGAGUUACUCGGAAUUCAACAAUCUUCAGUGAAUAUAUUGCCUGAGAAUUUUUAAAAUAAUUCUUCCAUUUUUUUCCCCCAAUAACUGCUCAUAAAUAUUAAUAAUACUCAAUUAAUAGCAACCGGCGUAAUUAUGAGUUGGUGCAACUGUCGCCAAGGAGUGGGUAAAAAUUGGUAGAUGAUAAAUUUUGAUGGACUCACGUGAAUAGUACAUGCAUUCCAUGCCACCAUCGAUUUCUCGAUCUGCCACAUUGGUAUAUGCGUACAGGUGGAAGUGAGAGAGUUGCCAGUUGAAGAGAGUCCGAGGUGUGGUGUGGUAGUGAGGGCAAACUCUCGUCCUCGUCCUCCUCGUCCUCCUCGUCUCCUCCUCGCCUUUUGCUCGCCUCCACCAACGAGUAACCACUGCAGACACCAGUGAGUACUUGAGUAGUCACUCGCCGGCCGCCGCUCGAGAACGUAUCAAAACUCACUCCCCAAUACACUACAUAUCUUGGACAUACACAUCACCAUCACCUCAACCACCACCUGCAUCCCCAACAGUUCCAACCAUUAGCCAUCAGCCAUCAAGUGCUCAAGUCACAAUCCACCUGGGACCACCGCAAAUGCACAACACUUCACAAGUUAAACAACACUAGAAAUCAUUUAAAAAAUCCAGUGAAACGUAAAACGCGCCAGUCGCCGAGGAGUCGUGAGCUCUCAUUCCUCUGCUCCUUCGGGUUGAGUUGAGAACGGCUUGAAACGACGGUUCAGUGCUGGCGAAACAUCCAGAAGAAUUCCAUAAUCACGGAGAAAUUUAUGUCUCCCCCUGAUUUAUUUUCUCUUGCUAAAAUCAGUGAUUGUGAUUUUCUCAGUGUGAAAUUAAUCUCAAGUGAAUGAUCCAGUACUUUGUGAAUUCCAUUGGAUUACAAUUCGGGAUGCCUGCGGUGUUAACGAGAUAAUUUAAAUCUCGGUGAUCACGAGAACAGAUUAAAGUGAGAACGCUGGGCGUAGCGGCGACGACAUGAAGCAUGCAGCAUGCGUGGUAGCGGUGUCACGGCUGCGCGGUCCUGCCUUCAACCCCUGGUGUCCGCUAGCCGCUAUCUCGCCGUUCACGCCCUUCCCGGUGAUCCCCUUUACUUCGUCGUCGAGUCAAAAUCACGAGUGAAGGAAGUCUACGCCCAAACAUGUAUAAUCCUAGGACAGCAGGGCAUGCGAGAUUGCGAAUUAUUUGGCCUGGCAAUACUCUCAGACGGCGAGUAUCUGUUCGUGGAUCCGGAGAGUAAGCUCAGUAAAUACGCACCAAAAAAUUGGCGCAGCUCGCACACAUACGGGCUUGAUAGCAGUGGACGACCAGCUUUUGUACUUUAUUUUAGAGUUCGAUAUUACGUGGAUACACCUUUACUGUUAAGCGAUGAAACAACGAGGCAUCACUACUACCUCCAGCUGCGCGACAAUGUUGUCCGUCACGGAGGAGGUGUUGACAGCCUCCACCCUCACCAUCCCCUCCACUCGGGAGGUAUGGUGUCGUGCCUUUUGGCCCUGGCGGGUCUUGCCCUGCAGGCAGACCUGGGUGACUUCGCCGAGGAGCGUCACCGUCCCCACGCCAUCGGUGGCUAUUGCAAAUCAACGGAUUACCUUCCCCCCCACAUGUGCGUCGAGGCAAAUGUCCUCGGUAUCCUUGCGUCACAACACCGCGACAAUCGUGGCUUGUCACGCGAGGAGGCAGAAUUACAGUACAUUCGCGAGGCGAUUCUCCUGGAGGCGCCGCUCAACGCUCACCUCUAUCGUCUCAGACGUACGAAGAAUGAGCCUGGACCCGGACGUAUUCUCCUAGCAAUAUGCGCACGGGGCGUUCGUGUUUACACCGAGGAGGAAACACCACGUGUAUUUGCGUGGAAUAACAUUGGUAAAUUGUGCUUCGAUCGUAAAAAAUUUGAGAUACGCGCGGUCGACCAGCCCGAUAAAUUGACAUUGUACAGUGGUUGCGAUGAUAAAAGUAAAUUAUUACUUGGUUUGUGUCGCGAUACACAUCAAUUUUCGAUGGCUAUUGCACCAAGAGUUACUGAGGCACGUAAACGCGAGGAAGAGGAGAGAAAAGUACUGCGCGAUUGUUACAUGUAUCCAGCGAGGUGUAAAUUGAGUAUGACUGCUAGGGAUACGAGGGGUGAUCAGAGGAUAUCCGUUAUUUCUACAACAUCGUCCAAUACAACUUCUGGUAUUGUUAGCGAUCGUGUGCACAGUGAGGAUGAACCUGAUACAGCCCCAGCAUCAACUGAGUGUCUUGCUAAACUCGUUGAGACAUCUAAUCCAUCGCAGAGCCACUCCAGGCCAGCCUCUCCUAUUACUCCCCACGAUGACGUCGAUGGUAAUGGCUCACCUGGAAGACUCGUACCCAAUAAUACCACUCUGGCAGUUGGUACAGAGGGCUCUCAGUGCAGCAGUAGUUGCAGUACAGUCGUUGUUGUUAAUCCCCACGUGGGAUCGAGCGCUCAUCGACAUCGAAGAACAUCAGCGAGUUCUAGCCUCGAGCUCGGAUACUCGCACACAGCCCAGAACUCGGUUGUCUCCUCCGAAGCUGUUAGCUUUCCAGGAGCUAUUUAUGAUAGAUGUAAAAAGACUGGCAAAUUUCAGGAUAACACUUCCGUGGACGACGGAAUGACAAGUGUCGACAUGGUGAGUGAAACAAGUGGGAUCUAUACCCUCCGCAGCUCGGCAAUUCAAGACGAGCGAAUAACGGAGCUCUAUCCACCCUCGGAAAUUCUCCAAUGCUCCGUCCAAUCGACAACGGACGAGGCAUCAGUGACCUCUGGCUUCUACACUAUUCACAGUGGUUUGCGUUCCGAAACGAGUGACGUUUACACCGAUACGAAUUUAGAAGACCAAGAGCCAAUAUACAGUAUCUGCAAGGGUGACGAUGAUAACGUGCGUGAAACCACCUCCACCACCAAUUUGAACAGUAUCGAUGAUACUCGCUCUCGCAGCAAUAGCAUCCUCAGUGCGUGUAGCUUUAGGGGUGACGGCAGUGACCCAUCCAACAUUGGUCCCCGACUUUCAGCCGACGAGCUCUCCGAUUUAAUUGUUGGUCGUUAUCCACCACGUAAGACCAUAAGUGCAUCAAUGGAUUCUGAUUGCGAUUAUGUCACAAUGCCACCGCCACCGCCACCACCCAGGAUAGACAGCAACGAGAGAAAACUACCACCCCCACCUCCAUAUCCAUCAAAUAUGGAUUUUACAGCUCUGGAUGCAUCACGACUUGCUGAGAGAGAACCACCUCCUCCACCUCCCUAUAAUGCCCCAAGGGCUGAUUUUAUACCCCUACCACCCAGAAGAACUGAUCCACCACCACCUCCGCCACCCUACAAUUCACCCCGCGAAAUCAUUCAAAUUCCACCACCAACUCCACCUCGAAAUGACGCUGUAACACCCCGAGAGCCACCACCUCCACCUCCCUAUCCAGAAAUAACAGCGGAGAGACGAAAAGCCAUAACAACACUCUAUCCAGAGAGUGAGGAUGAGAUAAUGGCUAGAUUAGCCAAUCUAAAGACAUCGACAUUAUCAGCAAAACAAAUUCCCCCAAUUCCAGCACCAAAACCACCCCCCAGAAUUCAACCACCAACAUAUCCUGGGGACAAGAUGAAGCCAACACCUGUACAUGCACCCGUUGCUGCUCUGGUAGUUGGGCCAAAUAAUUACUUGGAUGUACAUGCUUCUAGGGGUGUUGGACCAGUGAAUUCAGCUGCUCCACCACCUCCACCUCCACCACCAUUACCACUACCACCACUACCACCACUGCCAGCACCACCAGCUGGCAAUACUGGUAAUGCUGGCAAUCUGACAACAGUCUAUACAAGCCAGGUGGCGAGGUCACAGAUUGAGCAGUACAGACAGCAGUUGUACUCUGACGUUGAUUAUGUAAUGUUCCCUCUGAAGGAUCCUGCUGUAUCCAAACAGGAAUACAUCGAUGCUAAACAGGGCUCUCUCCUCUCUGGACUGGCAACAGCUGCUUAUCUACCACCACCCUAUCCAGCUUUUAAUAAUAAAUCAUCGGUGAUGUACAGAAGUACACCGUAUUUGGCGGGUUCAUCAUUCUCAUCCAUGUCCAAAUACGCCUCCAAUUUGAAUCUGAGCGAUACGAGUUUAAAUAAUUAUCCCAUUAACGGUAAUUUGAAUAGUCAUUAUGCAGCAAGUACAAGCUCUUUGUAUAGUGGUGCAACUUGUUCCUCGUCAAUUGGUAGUCACAGUUUGAGGAGAGAACCCCCAGCUGUACCCGCACACCCUUAUAGCCAGACAUUUUCAAGAACGAGAAGCGAUGAGAAUAUUCUCAAGUGUUUUGAGACCCCGAAUAAAAUUCACAUCCAGCCGAAGCACACGCGACGUCUUCCACCACCGCCUCCACCACCUCCCUAUGAAAUUCAGAGUCUAGAAAAGAAUUAUCCGCUUCCUUCUACACCGUCCACUCAAUUAAAACAAAAUAGUACCACCACCGGCGGCAACACCAUCACCAACACCACCAUCACUACCACUACUACUACUGAAUCCGACAAGGACGACAAGGAAGUGAUGCUGGACAUUCGCAGCCUCCGAGAGAAGAGUAAAAACCUCGAUCUACCCCUCAUUUCAGCCCUCUGUAAUGAUCGUUACUUAUUGAAACAGACAAAAGCAUUUGUCCUGCCAAAGCACCCAAUUGAUGAAGCUAAUACAUCCGAAUCAGGUAUUAAAAGCCCAAGAAGCACGACUAAUAGUUGCACUAGUAGUAAAAAUAAAUAUCCUGUUAGUGGUUUGUCAUCGACACAGAUAACAAAAAAUUCGAAGAAGACAGUAACAAGUGCUCACCGGCAUCCCUCUGAAAUUAUCAAAGGUAAUGCUUACCAAGUUAAUUCAACCUCUAGAUUGUCAAUAAAAAAAGAUCCCUAUAGGGUGUCUCACUCGUGAGAAAUAGAAAGAUCAAAAAAAAAAAAACGGGGCCGUGCUUCUUCACUCAGGGUGCCAUUUCAAAUUUACUCAAUCAUAAAUUGGUGUAAUAAUCUAUAGAAUGAGAGAAAGAUGUAACAUGACAAAUGGGACAAAUUGUCAAUUCUAUCGAUAUUAUCGUCAUAAAACAAAUAUCUUGUUACAGUGACAAUGCUGUCAUUUGCUCAAUUCAACAAACAUUAUUUUUUUUAUGAUGAGUACAAUAUCAUACUCUAUUUAAAUGAAAAACUAUGAAAAUCAACAAUAUGUAGAACCAAUAGAUUUGGCGUGCGAUACAUUGUAACUGCAACGACGUACUUUUUCUUUUUUUAAAUAUGUUAAAUAAUUUUAAGUGAAUUUUGUCGUCGAUUCGGUGGAUCGUUGCUUCAAUCAUAAUGUGCAAAGAUUUCCACUAUAGAUAUUUAAGAUAAUCAUGUAUUUUUAUACUCGAAGAGAUGAACAAAUAAUGUCUACUUAGGUAUUGGUAUAUGCUAUGGAGACAAAAAAUAUAGUUGAACCAUUUACUUCUUGAA